AUGUUUCCAUCAUCACUUUACGGUUACAAUUACGAUGAAAUAAAUCCUUAUCCAAAUCAGUUACAUCCUAGUAACAGAUAUGGAGAUGGUAGAAACUAUUAUAUCCACCCAAGAAAUAAUAAUAGUAGCGGUUAUUAUAAUAAUAGCUAUAAUCAUAGACCUUAUUAUAAUGGCUUCUAUAAUAACAAUCCACGUCACAUCAAUAGUAAUUAUAAUUAUUAUGAUCAUGAUAAUGAUACACAAUAUCACAAAGGAAAUAUUAAAUUAUUCGAACCAGAAAAAAUUGCAAAAAUAGCAGCAAAUAAAAUUUAUAAAUUUAUUAAUCAAAGCCAACAAAAUAAAAAUACAAAAGUAAUUCUUAAAAAACUUUUAGAAUUGAAAUCAAUUCAACAACAAUUAUUAAAUAUUCAAUCAAAAUAUGACAAUAAAAUUGGUCAAUUAACAUUCCGUAUCAAUGAUAAAGAUGAUAAUAAGAAGAAACAAAUCUUACCAAUUACAAAAGAAAACAAAAUGUUUUUAAUGGUGGAAGAUUUAAUACUUAAAACUUUAGAAAAAUUGGAUAAGAUAUACAGUGAUGGAUCUGAUUUGAUAAGAGAACGGAGGAAAGAAAUUGUAAAGAUUGCACAAGGAAUGUUGGAUGAACUGGAUAAAGAAAAGGACCAACAAUGGAAGGAACAUUUAAAAUUUAACAAUGAAUCAAAUAAAAUUCCAAAAUAG